UUUCAUUUUAUGUGUUAACAAAGACUUUUUCUUAGUUUAUUUUAUUACUCUUUUUUUCUACUUCUCGAUUCUCACCACCAUAAAAUGAGUUGAUUGUUUUAUGUCAAAGAGAAUCAUAUAAUUGUUUUUUGAUGGUCUCUUUUCUAACUACAGUAGAUUCCCUGCCUGAUCUUCCACUGGUUAGUCUUUGUAGAGUGAGAUUUGCCUUGAUUCUGCGGCCAAUCAUUGAUAGUUAAGCGAUCCGGGCGCUAGGGGCGCUUAAUUCGCAAAGCUAGCCAUAUAUUUCGCGGCCAUCGCAUACAGCGUAGGGACUUGAUUCCAAGCAUCUUAACUUUACUGUUAAAGUUGCAGGCCCGGCCCCCAUCCAUAUCAAUUCAUCCCCAAACCAAAAUCUGCUCACUCCACAACACCUCCACACAAACCCAGAACCCCAAGGACGACCGAAAAUAAAUAAUAAAUAAUAAAUAAUAAAUAAUAAAUAAUAAAACAGACCAUGCCCCUCAGCCCCCCCUUAAAAUCCUGGGCCCUGCCCCGCCUCUCCGCCCUCCUCCCGGGCCUCGACGAAGACUCCCUCACCCAAUUGCUCGAAUAUACCUUCUCGCUGGGCGCGGAGCAGGGCGCGGAGCAUCUGCGGAAUAUCCUGGGCGAUUCGGCGCGGGCGUUGGAGUUUAUUGUUGCGUUUGGGGAGAGGUGGAGGAGGAGCGGUGGGAAGGCGGGGAAGAUUGGGGAGAUGGAGAUGGGGAUGGGGGAGGGGAGGGGAGGAGCGCAGCGGGAAGGGAGGAAACAGCCGCCCUCGGCUUCUGGGCCGUUGAUAUCAGAAUAUCUUCCGAAUGUGCGCUCGAAGGCGGCGAGGGUGUCGGGUGGUGCGCGGAGACAGCAGCAGCAGCAGCAGCAGCAGCAGGGUCAAUCGUCCUCGUCUCCGUCGCGUAACCGUCCGUCUACAUCUACGUCGUCUACAUCUACAAAAUCAACGACGGCAACAACGACAACAUCAAACAUAGCCGACCUAACCGCCGCCAUCGCCCAGCUCGAACUAACCACAAACCCCUCCCUCCCCACCUCCUCCUCCUCCUCCUCCCCCCGACCCCGCAAAAAAUGCAACUGCCAAGCAACCCUCCACCCCCUCUUCACCCCAGCCCCCAACUGCCUCAACUGCGGCAAGAUAAUCUGCGCCCUAGAGGGCCUCCAACCCUGCUCCUUCUGUCAGCAGCCGCUCCUCUCGGCCGGGCAGGUGCAGGAGAUGAUCCGCGAGCUGCGCGCGGAGAGGGGCAGUGAGAAGAUGCGGGCGCAUAAUAAUGGGAAGGGUGCUGCCCGGCGGGGGGAGUUGUAUGACGAGACGCCUGUUGGCAGCAGUAGCAGCAGUAGCAGCAGCCACGGUGCCGGUGGUGGCGGCGGUGGAGCUACGGAUGGUCCUACCACCACCACCACUAGUAGUAACAGUAGCAGGAGUAGCGACACAACCACACACCGCGACCUCGCCGCGGCAAAAGCGCACCGCGACAAACUCCUCCGCUUCCAAGCUCAGAACGCGCGGCGGACCAAAGUCGUCGACGAGGUGGCUGAGUUCGAGACGCCGGACGUACAUGCGGCGAGUACGCUGUGGAUGAGCGCGGGACAGCGGGCGCUGGCGCUUAAGCGGCGGAGGAAGAAGAAGAAGAAGAGGAGGAGGAGGAGGAGGAGGAGGAAAAAGGAGAGGGCAAGGGUGGUUUCGGGGAUAAUCCGCUGCUUGCUGGUGGGGGGUUGGUGAGGCCUGUGUGGAAGGGGAAGGGGGUUGAUGGAGAUCAGAGCUCGAGUAGGGGAGAGCGCCGGCAGAGGCAGACGUGGCGGCGGGUCCAGGAUGAUGAUGAGGAUAAUGAGAGGUGGAUUUUGGAUGGGGGAUUGUAUGGUUAUGGGCGGGAGGGGAGAGAGAUUGAGGGUGGUGGGGAGUGAGUUUUGCUUUUUGUGUACAAUACCUUAAUGGCCUUUAGGUUGGAUGGGGGGGGGUGUGGUUAUAAUAUGCUAUAUUAUGAA